GGACAAAGAGAGUGGGACGGAGGGAGUAUUUUAUAGGAAAAUGUAUUAUCAAAAAUUAGAUUAACCAAUUAUGUGUUUGCUUACACAUAAAAGAGUGUUGACAGGGAAAAUGCAUUCAUUCAGAAUUACUAUCUUUUGAGACCAACCUUGUGUGUUAUAAUACGAGUUAUAUGACACCACGUCCUACAGGGAAAAUAAGUGUUGAUAGAGAAAAUGCAUUCAUUCAGAAUUACUAUCUUUUGAGGCCAACCUUGUGUGUCAUAAUACGAGUUAUAUGACACCGCGUCCUACACGGCUCUACGGUGUUCCUUGUAUCUCGAAAUAGAUCCUACCUCGUCUAUGUGGGUGCGCAAUGGAAUGUUUGUGAACAUUUUUCUAACAAUAAAAGUUUCAUAUGUGAAAGCCUCCUAUGAACAUUAGACCAAAUAAUAAUAAUUUGAACAUGAUAACAAUUUACCAAAAAAUAACUGAAUUGAGUUAAAAGAGUUAGCUUCAAUGUAUUAAUUAUUAAAUGGGACACAUUAAGCUGUGUAUUGUACCUUUCGUGCGUUUUAGGUUGAGUCAGUGCAUGGGACUGCUGUUCUUCUUUCUGGCAUAGAUCUUGUUGAUGGCACACCUGUUCUUGAUGUCAAGCCAUAUCUUCCAUACAGUGACAGCAUCGUGGAAGCAACAGUGCCUUAUUGGGUAAAGGUUUCUAUCAUUUGGUAUCGGAGAGCUCUUUACCAGAUCCUUAUGGCAAUUACCCGUUCAAACGCUGCCUGCAGUGAGGAUGGUGGAACCAACGAGCAAUCAGCGAACGGGGCUACUCCGUCCAACGACACUCUAGCACAAAUCGCUGCCAAGCUUUCUGUGUUAGAUGACCUUAAGGCAGAAGUGACUGCCUUGAAGGCGCAAGCCAGAACUAAUUCUGGGAGGACGAAGAUGAAGCAGUAUACUGGCGAUUCUGAUGAUGAAAACGGUCACAGCCACCACCGGUUUCCCAGAUCCAAGGUCGAGUUUACCAAAUUCAGCGGCGGAGAUCCACGGGGCUGGGUGUUGAAGGCUGAAAAGUACUUCCAUUACUACGGCACAUCAGAAGAAGAUAAGGUUGAGAUCGCAUCCAUGCACCUCGAGGGCGACCCUCUUGACUUGUUCUCGUGGAUCAAUGCCGAAAAGACGCUCUUGUAUUGGGAGGUAUUCAUCAAAAUUAUUGAGCAUUACAAACCGCCAGAAUACUUGAACUCAGACGAACACCUUGUCCUAAUCAAACACGUAGGUUCUGAACAGGACUAUCGUCAUCAAGGGUUGCUCGAGUCCAAAAUUGGCCUGACCAGUGUCUCUUGGGUUUCUUUAUUGCUUGUUUGAGAGAAGAUUUGAGGUCAGAGGUCAGAAUUCAUAAACCCAAAUCUGUGCUCAGGGCCCUUGAAUUUGAGAAAUGGAAUACCCCUCUGCAUUUCAAGACAAGUCAGAUGGGAUCGGGCCAGAUCUUCUACCAUUCAUCAAAACUGAGAGUAGGGACAAAUCAAUGAAGCAGCAACACAGGGAUAAAGGACUUCGCUAUUGGUGAGGCAUUCCCUUUAGGCCGGGACAUUGUUGUUCAACUUCAUCCACUACCUUCUCCUUCAUGGAAGUCGAUGAGGAUUGUAAUCAGAUGAACCCCGAACAGGUUCCCGAUGGGGAGGCAAAAGUGGAGGAAGUGUCCUUUAAUGCGAUUUUUGGGAGGCCAACGUCUGCCAAUGAAAUUAAGUGGAAAAUUACAGGACGUGAAGUUUUCCUGUUGAUCGAUAGUGGUUCGACGCACAACUUCAUUUCUGAAAACUUGUGCAGCAACUUAAGCUACCUGUUUUCUUAGUUCAGGCAUUUGGGGUACAGAUAGGAGACGGCUUUGUUAUUCAGUGUACGCAAAAUUUUUACCCAUUUCUACUAGUUGGAUCUGAUAUAGAUUUUGGAAUCAAAUGGUUAGCCUCCUUGAUUACCAUUCAAGCAAACUGGAAUGAAAUGCUUAUGAGUCU